AAAAACCAGAUGCAUACUCCGGCCAUUUUAAUCUAAUUAUCUAUCAUUUGUAAUUUUGUUCUAGUAUUUUUCAAGCAUUUAAAUGAUUUUUCUUCCCUGUCUUGUGAUUGUAUGGGCAAUUUUUGUUGGGUUUUCCGAAUCGACGUCAAUGCUUCAAACUAGGAAGAACUUACAAAAAUCGAACCCGCACUUGUCCAGACCAAAUUUUCUGACUCAUUGCGACUCUGCUGUUUCUUGCAAUCACUUUUGUGAACAAAAAGUUGGCCGAUGGGCUGGCCGUGUGAACAAAUUCAAUCAGCGAUCUUCAAGAUGCGAAUGUUUCAAGAACGACGAAACUCUGGUGUCAUUCGAAAGGAACGAAAAACUUCGAGACGUUGUUUACUCGUACAGCAUUGUUCUGGCGGCAGUGGAAGACGCGCAAGGUUUAGACGCUUGCACCAGUGGAGCCCAUAAUUGUGCCCCGACAGCCACUUGUCUUGCAGAUGGCCCUCGCGACUUCUCCUGUCAUUGUCCUCCGGGGUUCGAAGGUGACGGAAUCUUCUGCACAGGGUUUCAACGGGUCCAUCUCGGACGGCUAGAGGACAUCUCAGCUAAAGGAUCAAAGAUAACAAGGAGAGAUCUCAGCAACAAGGAGAACUCUUAUGAUUUGUCUGUUCUGCGUGAUCAAAACACCGCUUCAAAUCGCAUUGAUGGCUGCUAUGUGAUGAAUAUCCUUCCAGAGCUUCCUGAGACGAUCUCACUGCGUUUUCUGAGCACUGUUUACGUGGAGACGUUGGCUCUACUCAACACAUACGACCCUGAUUUUCCUGACGGCCUCAACCGAUCAACUAUCAACGUGACCGUGUGUGACUUCGACUCGUACGGAAAUUGUGAAAAAUGUCAAGAUGUCAUGACUUCGAAUGUGAAGAGAGGUCAGUGGAUCUACGUCAGGUGUGAUAAAGAGGGGAAGACUGUUGAGGUGGAAAUACACGGGGAAGAGCUGGUCUCUGGCACGGAAACGCAGUCGGGAUUGGACAUAGCUCUUUGCGAAAUCGAUCUGUUCGGUGUCCAUCUUUCUCCAACCGGCAAAAAACGACUGCAGUCUUCUGCUACUGAUUAUUUCGGCUCAAAUACCAACUGGGAGUCCGAAAUAUCCAACAUAGGAGGAGAGGAAGCACAAAAUCCACAUUCAUGUUUAGCAAUGUCGAAAUCGGCCAAUAUGCCGACAAGCAACAACGCAGAGUUGAAACUGUCGUUCGAUGAGCCGAAGUACGUGUCUCAUGUAAUGCUGCUGGCACCGAGUGCACCUACUGAUUUGAGCUCGUUUGCUGAUCUCGAGGUGUAUUACUGCACUGAAGGUGAUGUAUGUACUUACUGUGGGUGUCCCGAAGACGCAACCAAUUCUAACUUUUCUGUGAUUGGCUGCGAUGGCUUAACCUCUGCUAAGUAUGUGAAAAUUGCAGAACCCGUCCGAGAAGAGAGUAAUGCAGUUCCUCCAACAGCUAGUACUUACGUUUGUGGAACCCUCAUUUUCGGACGUCACGUUGAACCUCGAAUUUUGGCCGCGAAUGUUACCAAAAUUACAAACACUUCAAUUGACGUAUCGUGGUUUCUCGACGCUCUUGCGUCGCAAAACGCUCUCGCUGCAAUAAAUAUUGGCAAUCGGGAUUCAUUUUUUAUGCCUUUUUCGGGAAACACUGAACACUUAACUACCCAUUUUUUGGAUCCUGGAACUCAGUACACCGUAGAGUUCUGGUCCCUGGAUUCUGACUAUCUAAUAUUCGAUGUUUGGGCCAUCACAGCUGAGACUAAAGUAGCCUGGCCUGAAACUUAUGUCAACGACGUUACCACGUCGUCCGUUAAAGGCAAUGUGAUGCUAUACGGCUCGUACGAAAAGAUUCAAAUGACAAUCAGUCCUCAGCCUUCUCGAAUGACGUCAAACAUGUUUGAAUUAGACAAAAUGAUGGAAUGGAGUUUCGCUCCGAUCGACCCCGGAACAAGGUAUGAAAUAACCGCUGUAGUUUUCGGCCGAGGUAGCGAAAGAGAGAGUUCCACUGUCGAAUUUGUGUCUCAAUGCGCCGAGACUUUGCUUCUAAGAAAAAGCAUACAGAGCUCUGCUUCUGUGGAUUACGUACUUGGAACAUUGGGCACCUGUGAUAGUAUAGUGUACACGGUUAUCCAGCAAACCGAGACUGUUAUCUUAAAUGAAGAAGUACCGUUCGGAAAAGAAGUCAAGCUUCAUUUUUCUGCCAAUCUCGCUAACGGCGAUGCAUUCUUGUUCGUAACAGUAAAAGGUGAAAAAGAUAGCUAUGAGACGGUAUACGAAAUAAACAGAAUUGGUUUUUUCACUGGGUUUAAACUUGAGACAAACCUGCAGCUUGGUCUGAUGCACUUAAGACCGUCUUUUGUCGGCCAGAUUUCCAACUACACGAUCAGCGGGUGGAAUUAUUUUGCGAAUGAGUAUUAUGAUUUCAAUAAAGAUCCCGUGGAUGAUUACCAGGAAAAAUAUUGCGAGAACGCUGAUUUUAAUGACGUAGAAAAUUGUGACCCAAAUGAGCCGUGUUUAAUUGCAAACAUUGCAGAAGGCUGUGACGUGUCCAUAACUUUGAGGCCUUUCUAUUUGGGAAUGCCUGGAACCUGGUUCACUAAAAUUACUUCUGUGCCCUACCGAAAACUUGAGUUUGGUUCCAAGACUAUUAGAAAGUAUCCUAUCACUGGAACCGAUGCGACUCAAAACAUUACUGUCCAGAUACAACUUCUUGGACUGAUUGACGACAUUGAUCUAAACUUGUCUCCGAAUCCUUCGGCCAAUAUCGCCGGGUCACGGGGAUGUAGCAGGAGUAGUGGUUUAUGUUACUUGGACUGGACUGGGAAAGCUGAUUUCAAUCUCUAUACCUUAUCAGUGUAUGCAUCCAACCGAUUCGGCCAAUCGGUCAGCGAGAGCGUCAACUUCUUCUUCGAGUGGCCCGUUGUCACUUUUAGGAACCUUAGUUGCAACGCCGUAGCGAAUAACCACCCCGCUAACUACUAUGAAGUGGAGUGCGUAGUUUCAAACUUGAAUGCGGUUUUGCUGAGUGGAACCCAUUUGAUUGGACGUCUAAUGAUAAACGGGGAAGAAUACAAGGUCAAAACCCGGAAAAUAUUGACGUCUGGGCUUCUGACUUUUGAUUUCGGAGUUGUACAAAUUCAACCACUUGGUGAAGCGACUUUUGACCUCUAUUUCAUGGAGGGUGGUCAGAUGAUGGAGAGGGCAAUGGACCCCGACCAGAUUUUCUACCUGGAACCAAUAAGUGCAUCUAUCGUGCUCCAUGUUUAACAGUUUUGACCAUUUUUGCAUGUUUUUGAUAGCUUUAAAAUCAAUUGAUUAAAUUAAAAAUUUUAUGUAUUUAACAAAUUCCACGGUGUCAAUUUGUAUUGUUGGAAUAUACUCGCAAAAUGUAUAAUUUUUAGGGGUCUUUUCUGUUA